AUGAACGAGCCACGGAUCAGUCGCCUUCUUCUGUCGAUCGGUUUUUUGACUUUCACGAAUAUUAUCGCUUCGGAUGUCACUUUGAGGUUUAUGGACGCAAGAAAGCUCGGGGACCCAAAAGCAGCUUUACUACCUGGCAUCAAACCCACUAUUACGUUCAAGUGCGAAAAGCCCUUGCCAAAGAUCUUUACCGGAGAAGUAGAUCUCUAUUCUGUAGACUUGCGGGGAUUGGAUCUUUGUGACGCUACCCAGGGAUAUUGGCUUGGGGUUCUAACGUGCGGUCAUACAAAAAGCCUAAAGACUUCAGAAUUUUUGAGUAAAGAUGUGGAAACUUAUCAAAUUCUUGGAAUAGCACGUAAAAGGAAUAAAUCACACAAACUAGUUAUAGGUUGCUCAAGGAUAAAGACCUACGCAGCCCGCCUUUAUCUUCAUUUCUGUGAUCCAGUUAUCUUGUCAAAUGGAACUGGAUGUGUCAAGGAAGCUUGUCCAUUGUCGUUACAAAUCUAUCUUCAUAAGAAGAUGUUUCCAAUUUUGUUUGCAACAUCUCAACUGGACAAGAACCACACUGCCACACAUGCAUGGCUCACUGACAAAGCUUCGCUCAGAUCAUUCAAAACACCUAAAAGCUCCUGGUGUGCUUUGGGAAACGGCAAGAAAGCAGAAUUUCUGCUCUUGUAUUUUGAUUACAAUCCAAGUUUUUCCAUAUCCGCGAUUUCUACCCAAGGAGCAGUUACAGAGAGAAGUUGGGUCAGCAGUUAUAUCAUCUAUUACAGAUAUAGAAAUGAACCUCUCUACUCCAUUAGAGAUGAAAAUGGACAAAUCAAGGAGUUAAAGGGAAACACGGACCCAUCCUCUAUCGUCCGUCACUGGGUGAAGCCUCACAUGUAUGCUUCAAUUGUUCUUCUCUAUCCUACCUCUUAUGUUGGUCGGCUGUGUAUGAGUGUCGAGCUGUAUGGAUGCCGCACCGAAGACAUAUCCAUGUUGACACCGGUUUCACAGGAGCGAAAGGAGCAGGAAGAACCCAUUCGCUGUAAUCUGCCCAAACAGCCUGGUAAUUGUAAAGCUUCAUUUCUCAGAUGGUUUUAUAACAGGGAAACUAAACAAUGUGAACCGUUUAGUUAUGGAGGAUGCAAGGGAAACCUGAACAACUUUUGGUCUGAGGAUGACUGCCGGAAAGGAUGUCCAGUAUUUGAAGAAUGCAAGGAAAGGUGUAAUGUCCCUUUCUCUCGCUGUGUGAAGAACAACAGAAGUGAAGAGAAAUGCGAAUGUAUCCAGGAAUGUCCUAGAGUAAUGAAACAAGUUUGUGGCUCGGAUGGAGUGACGUAUGGCAACGAAUGUCUGUUGAAGAAAGCAGCUUGCGAAAAUAACACUAGAAUAAAGAUUAUGGAAGAAGGAUCCUGUACAGCUUGUAUGUCACCACUGGGAUUGGGAAAUGGACAAAUAAGAGAUAGGCAGAUCUCUGCAUCCUCAGAACUCGAUAAGCACCACGUCGCUAAACAGGGAAGGGUUUCCCUGAUCAGCUCUCCUCAAGAAAGCUCUUGGUGCAGUGCUCCAACUCUUGACAUGGGAACACAAUAUCUACAAGUGGAUUUGCUCUCAGUUCAUAUUCUGUCAGGGUUUUCUACCCAAGGCGCUGUCACAGAAAAGUUUUGGGUCAGCAGAUAUCUUGUUCGUUACAGCUUGGAUGGUACUGACUGGAUAUUAAUCGAGGACGAUAAAGGAAGAGACAAGAUUUACAAGGAAUUUAAAGGGAAUAGGAACCAGUCCUCUAUCGUCCAUCACUGGCUGAAGCCUCGCCUCAAUGCACGUUUCGUUCGUUUCUCUCCUACCUCUUUUUUCGGUCAGCGGUGCAUGCGUGUAGAGCUAUACGGCUGCAAAGAGUCACACUUAUAUACGGAAAGCAAAAACUUAAAGGAAGAUUCAGGCUGCGACAAAAAGUGUGCUGCACCGUUUUCUUUCUGUGUGAAGCACAAGGGAAACGAACAGAAAUGCGAGUGCAUUCGGGAAUGUCCUAAAGUUGUGAAGCCAGUUUGUGCCUCGGAUAAUGUGACGUAUAACAACGAGUGUCUGAUGAAGAAAACAGCUUGCGAAAAGAACAGAGAAAUAAAGAUUGUGAAAAAUGGGACCUGUGCAGCUUGUAUGUCACCACUGGGAUUGGGAAAUGGACAAAUACGAGAUAAGCAGAUCUCUGCAUCAUCAGAACUCGAUAAGCACCACGCUGCUAAACAGGGAAGGGUUUCCUUGAUCAGCUCUCCUCAAGAAAGCUCUUGGUGCAGUGCUCCAACUCUUGACAUGGGAACACAAUAUCUACAAGUGGAUUUGCUGUCAAUUCAUAUUCUGUCAGGGUUUUCUACCCAAGGCGCCGUCACAGAAAAGUUUUGGGUCAGCGGAUAUCUUGUUCGUUACAGCUUGCAUGGUACUGACUGGAUAUUAAUCGAGGGUUGCAAAGGAAAAGACAAGAAAUUUAAAGGGAAUACAGAACAGUCUUCUAUCGUCCAUCACUGGCUGAAGCCUCGCCCCAAUGCACGUUUCGUUCGUUUCUUUCCCACCUCUUUUUUCGGUCAGCGGUGCAUGCGUGUAGAGCUUUACGGCUGCAAAGAGUCAUACACGGAAGGCAAAAACUUAAAGGAAGGAUCAGGAGGCUGCCGUAAAAAUUGUUCUGCUCCUUUUUCUCAUUGUGUAAAACACGAGGGAAACAAAGAGAAAUGUGAAUGCAUCCAGGAGUGUCCUAAAGUAAUGAAACAAGUCUGCGGUACGGAUAAUGUGACGUAUAACAACGAGUGUUUGUUGAAGAAAACAGCUUGCGAAAGGAACAGAGAAAUAACGAUUGUGAAAAAUGGGACCUGUGAAGGUACGGAUAAUGUGACGUAUAACAACGAGUGCUUGUUGAAGAAAACAGCUUGCGAAAAGAACACAGAAAUAAAGAUUGAGAAAAACGGAAUUUGUGCAGAAACAAGAGGCUGCAACAUAAAGUGUCCUGCUCCAUUUUCUCGCUGUGUGAAGGAAGACGGAAACCGGGAGAAAUGCGAAUGCAUUCGUGAUUGUCCUAAGAUAAUAAAACAUGUUUGCGGUUCAGAUAACGUGACGUAUGGUAACGAGUGUUUGUUGAAGAAAACAGCUUGCGAAGAGGAAAGAGAACUAUCUGUGGUGAAAAAGGCGUCUUGCGCAGGCGCCUCUACAGUUUGUGACAGCGGACCCUGCCCACCGUAUGCAACAUGUGUUGAGUCAGACACUGAAAACAGAUGCGCGUGUCCUGAGUGUUCCCAUAGCGACACCAGAGAAGUUUGUGGAUCGGAUUAUAGAAGCUACAAAAAUUUGUGCGAACUCAAGAAGCAUGCCUGCAAGAAAAACAAGCGCAUCUCAAUUGUCUCACGCGGUGAAUGUGAGGUACUAUUCUAUAAAGUUAAUUCUCAGGAAAAGGCCGCUGAAGAAAAGAAGUUGUCUGGGACGAUGAAGAAGAUGUACAUCUGUGGUAUAGCUGUUGUGAUCCUAGGAGUAGUGAUCGCCUUUGCCAUGUGCAUGAGUCAACCACAGAACAGGAGCGUACAAGUUAACAAAAACAGGGACAAGAGCUCAUUCAAAACUAUUCAUGAUAAAUACCAGAUCGAGAAUCUUACCACCAAAGAAAACUUGUAAACAAAAGAAAACUACUUCUCACUGAAAACUAUUUCUUACUUAAUGUGAAACUUACGGAAAACUUUUAUCAGUAUUUGUACUGUUCACGGGACGUUUAUAUUAGUUAUUGAACUAAUUAUUGUUCUACUAAAAGAAAUACUUUUACUACUUAUUAAACUACGAAAGAAACACUUUUAUCAGCUAUUGUACUUCUAAAGGAACACUUUCGCCAGUUAUUGCACUACUUACGAAAUACCUUUAAUCAGUUAUUGUACGGUUCACGAAAUACUUUAUUGCUCAUUGAACUUCUUACACAACACUUUGGUCAGCUACUGAACCAUUAACGGAGAACUUUUCAUGAUCGGUAAUUUUCCUAAUCAACUUGUUAUUGCAAUACAUGUCGAUAAAAUCUGAUGAAAAUCGAAACUGCUCAAAUAAAACCAGCCUUAAGUAU